UUUGACACACUGCAGCAGACUUGGCUUACUCUGGAUAAAGAAUUUCAGCCUUUGGAUACACAGGCACAGGAACUCUCCAGCAGCUGGGACCCCAUCACGGACUCUCCACUUGUCUCUAGAGUCCAGUGUUGGGUGGAAGCAGAAAUGUCAUCUGUGUCACAAGACAGCUUUCUGCAAGCUUUGCCUGUCCCACAUUCUUUUCUGUUUUAGUCCUGGACCUGGCAGUGCUGGAUUAUCAGUUGGACUUGAUGGUCUUGAAGGUCUUUUCCAACGCAAACGAUUCUGCGGUUUUCCAGCUGAGCUGUGUGGCAGAGCAGUCCCACCACGCUGAGACAACAGCAUCUCUGCACUCCUCAUUUUACCACUGCGGACAAUUAUACCCACAAUAUGGAACUGAGCUUAAUGUGCAAGCCUGGUGGGAGGGUACCUUACAGCAUUUCCAAAUGGCCGGUUUUCAUUUAAUUUUUAAUUUGUAUUUCCAUACCGUUUCGAAAGAUUCACACCAUCUCCCUGAAUUACGUAUUUGGGGAAAAUAAAGUGCCUCUUUAUCGCACCAUUUUUAGGCAUAAAGGAUAAUGAACUGUAGUGUACGGAAAUACUUCUGUUCCCCCGUACAGAGACUUUAUUUUAGGUCUUUGUCAGGCCUCCUGUAUCUGGGCCGCAGCCCCUUUCAGGUUGCCUUAAGACCCACGGCGUUUCUGAAAUCCUCACUACUCCCCCGUGCUCUCCGCCGUCUCCCCCCCGCUCCCUAAUGGCACCUUCCACUCGCGGCGGGCACCGGCGAGCGCCCGCAGCUGAGGCAACGGUUGGGACGUUCCACCGCAGGAACUGAGGGGGCGCGGCUUCCGGGCGCCGGCUUCGAAACAGGAUUGCGCGGCCGGGUGUGCCAUGACCCAGUCGGUGGUGGUGCAGGUGGGACAGUGCGGGAACCAGGUGGGAUGCCGUUUCUGGGACCUGGCGCUGCGGGAGCACGCCGCCGUCAACAAGAAGGGAAUUUAUGAUGAAGCCUUAAGCAGUUUCUUUAGGAACGUGGAUACAAGAAGAGGUGAUAAUGGUCCUGAUAUUUACAAAGGAAAAAUCUGCUCUUUAAAAGCACGAGCACUGUUGAUUGACAUGGAGGAGGGUGUGGUAAAUGAAAUUCUACAGGGACCAUUGAGGGAUGUGUUUGACAGCAAGCAGCUUAUCACAGAUGUUUCUGGUUCAGGAAACAACUGGGCUGUAGGUCAUAAGAUAUACGGCUGUCAGUACCGGGAAAACAUAGUGGAAAAGCUGAGAAAAACUGCUGAACAUUGUGACUGUCUACAGUGUUUCUUUAUAAUUCAUUCCAUGGGAGGUGGGACAGGAUCUGGUCUUGGAACAUUUGUACUAAAUUUGCUUGAGGAGGAAUUCCCAGAAGUAUAUAGAUUUGUUACUUCAGUUUAUCCCUCUGGUGAAGAUGAUGUUAUUACUUCUCCAUAUAACAGUGUUCUGGCUAUGAAGGAGCUCAAUGAACAUGCAGACUGUGUACUACCAAUAGAGAAUGAAUCUCUAUUUGAGAUAGUUAAUAAAAUUCAUCAGAUGAUCAAUUCUGGGAAGUUAGGAUCAACUGUGAAACAAAACAGCUUGGUAACAUCCAGUGCAGGCAGUGCAAAAACACUACAAGAGAAGCCAUUUGACGCCAUGAAUAACAUCGUAGCCAACUUGCUCCUGAACCUGACAAGCUCUGCUAGAUUUGAAGGUUCCCUGAACAUGGAUCUUAAUGAAAUCAGCAUGAACUUGGUUCCAUUUCCUCGACUUCAUUAUUUGGUUUCAAGCUUAACUCCUCUGUAUACACUGGCAGAUGUUAAUGUUCCUUCUAGAAGGUUGGAUCAGAUGUUCUCAGAUGCGUUUAGCAGAGAUCAUCAGCUCAUUCAAGCAGAUCCAAAGCACAGCCUGUACCUCGCCUGUGCCCUUCUCGUUCGAGGAAAUGUGCAGGUUUCAGACCUGCGCAGAAAUAUUGAAAGGUUGAAGCCAUCUCUGCACUUUGUCUCCUGGAAUCAAGAGGGCUGGAAAACUGGUUUGUGUUCAGUACCUCCUGUGGGCCAUUCCCAUUCCCUUCUGGCUUUAGCAAACAACACCUGUGUAAAACCAACUUUUAUUGAACUCAAAGACAGAUUUAUGAAGCUCUACAAGAAAAAGGCUCACCUUCACCAUUAUUUGCAAAUAGAUGGGAUGGAGCAAAGCUGUUUUUCAGAAGCUAUAUCCUCUUUGUCUGACCUAAUAGAAGAGUACAAUGAACUGGAUGCUACUAAAGGUGGCUGGAUGAAUGUUCACAUGUGUGCAAGUCAAUCAGCAUACCUCUUCCGCCUGAGAACAGCCUGCUGCUAGGAGCACCACUCCUUCUGUAGUAGGACUCAGCUCUCCAAAAUAACAACAUGCCUUCACUGCCUUUCCCUAACAAAUGCACUUAAAUGAGGCUGUCUGGACCUCGCAGUACCUGCAGUACUGAUCCCUGCAUCUAUAAGUAGCCAUAAGACCACAAACACAGCAGCACUGACUCCUGUGCAUAAACAGUGCACCAGUGCUUUGACUACUGAGUAUUGGAGUCUGUGUCUCUGCUAGUAUUGGCUCUGAUUUAAAUAAAUUGAGGUGAUCUGUGCCCUUUUCCUCUCCUGCAGGUCUUCAGUGAUCCCCCACAACUUAAAAACUAAUGUUUUUAAUGCCAUGUCCAGACUCAGCAAUAGUUUGUCUGUAUGUAUCCUCCUUGCCAAAUCUCCUUUGCAGAUUUGAUUACAUAAAGCAUCAUUCAUUUCCUGAACUAAACCUGCUCUGCUCUCUGGUGCCUUUCUAAUACCACCCUGAACGGAAAUGUAAUUUAGUUGUGUGUUUAGUGAUCUCUACAUACUGCAUGCAUCUCUUUGGUGCAAAAAAUAAUCUUCCUGUCUGUGAAAUAUGCCAUGUAAAUCCAUUGUCUUAAAAUAUGGAAAAGUAUGAGUUAUAAACUCAUAAACUGAUAUAACCAUGCAUUCUAACUGCAUUCAAGGUCUUAGACAAAUGCCGGAGGUAUUUUUUAUUGAUACUUGUUGUGGGCCAGGAUUUUCAAUAUUCCCUACUGGGCUUGGUGGAGUUACUGCAAUAAAAUCCAUCAAAGCCAGGGUUGGGUUUGGUCAUUCUUAAUAAUUGGGUGUUAGUUCCAGACACGCACCAGAGCUGGGGGCUCGUCUUUUGGCUGGAAGGUUUUUGCAUGUUGUCCUGUUUUGAUAUUCUUUGGGCAUGGAUGUUACAAAGAGACUGCUCUGUUUUGGUCAAACCUACUGUUUGUGUCUCUUCAUCCAAAUAAAAAAACAGAUGGGUAAAAAGGAAUAGGAACAUUAUAUGACAACAUAUUGCCCUUGGCUCACCCUGUCU